UCCAUGGGUAUCUAGUUGAGGAGAAAGUCUGAGGCGCGAGAGCUCAGUAGAACCUAUAACUCUUGCAUUAAACUGCAUACAAACAAAAAGCCCUUAUUAAGGGAAACAGUUUUGAUUGGCACUUAAGGACUGCUUUGUAGCGUUAAACUUUGGGUUGCAUUUGUACACGGGUUUGUUUUGGUGCAGGUAAGCCGCGUGCGCAAUGAUGGCCACUUACCCAGACGCUGAGAAUAACGCCAUGAUCCUCAUGGACACCAGCUCAAGCAUAACGGAUAAAGACCAAAGCAAAGACGAAUCACCGCCCGAGAAGGGACCGGACAAAUCCGACCCGACCCAGAAACCGCCGUACUCCUAUGUGGCGUUAAUCGCGAUGGCGAUCCGCGAGAGCUCGGAGAAGCGUCUCACGCUAUCCGGUAUCUACCAGUACAUAAUCAGCAAGUUUCCUUUCUACGAGAAAAACAAGAAAGGAUGGCAGAAUAGCAUACGACACAACCUGUCACUCAAUGAGUGCUUCAUCAAAGUACCCCGGGAAGGAGGCGGCGAGCGCAAAGGCAAUUACUGGACUCUGGACCCGGCUUGCGAGGACAUGUUCGAGAAGGGCAACUACCGGCGGAGACGGCGCAUGAAGAGACCGUUCAGGCCUCCACCGACGCAUUUCCAACCCGGAAAGUCUAUCUUCGGCGGUGAUGGGUACGGUUACCUCUCCCCGCCCAAAUACCUGCAGUCAGGGUUCAUCAACAACUCUUGGUCCACGGCGCCUAUGCCCUACACCUCCUGUCAGAUGAGCGGUGGGAACGUAAGUCCCGUUAACGUGAAAGGUUUGUCCGCGCCGUCCUCGUACAAUCCAUACUCUCGAGUGCAAAGUAUGGCUCUCCCGGGCAUGGUGAACUCUUUCAACGGCAUGGGUCACCAUCAUCAUCAUCAUCAUCACCACACGCACGCGCUCCCGCACGCGCAGCAACUGAGUCCCGCCACGGCCGCCCCGCCUCCGGUGUCCACAGGUAACGGAACGGGUCUGCAGUUCGCUUGCUCGCGCCAGCCCACCGACCUCUCUGUGAUGCACUGUUCAUACUGGGAGCACGAAAGCAAACACUCGGCACUACACGCGCGAAUUGAUAUAUAGAAAUAAACCAGAAUGUCCUUGCUUGAGAGACAAUAAUAUGGUGAUAAAAAUCCAGAGACUCAAACUCAAAUUGAUGAUGUCAAAGCAUGCCUGAUGUAUGACACAUAACAAGAAGGAAAACCUCGAAUAUCAAGUCUGGGCACGUGAGUACCUCACAUAUAAGGACUAAAGAUUUUCUUCCACGUGAGACUGAUUUUUUUGAACAUUUGUGUACUUAAACUGUGCAAUCAUUUGCGAAGAAGAUGACCAGCAAAUUGAAGGCACCAUCAUCUGGAAUUACAAACCAUGUUUACUUAAGUCCGUUUUCGACAUGUUGUCAGUGACUUUGGAUAGAAGUAUUGGAUUCUGAACCCUUUGUUUAAUGAACAUUUUAAUUCUUCUUGAUUUUGAAUGUUUGAGGACACAGUGGAGCUAAUGACGGGUAGUUAAACUGAAGCUUUGAGGAGGCGUAUGUGAGCGAGACACAAAAUACACAUAAACACGCUCACACCUGUAUUUUGGCCUCUUGUUUUCGUGCAGGGCCCUGGACUGAGGGUCUUAUAAGGGUCAGUGCACGUGACUGCUAGUUUGGAAUAUUUUUGUAUGUAUUAUUUUUUAAACAAUAAGAAAUACGUUUUAAUGUCUUUGACACAAAGGGACCAUGUUUUACUAGCACUUUCAGUCUUUUUUAUUGGUCUAGUUUUUACCCAUUAAUAAAAUAAAAUAAAUGUAAACUUUGUCAAUAUAGCAGUGGUCGUAAAAUGUAUAAUUUACAGGGCUCAAUUCUGACAUAAUAUUAAUAAUAAAAAUUAUUAUUAUUAAGAUUAAAUUAAUUUCCCAAUUUCUUUAUAACAAGAGCAAAUUUUUAACGAACUAGGCCUACAUUUUUGGUUUAAUACUAAUUUAUACAUUUCGUGCAUUUAGUUUUGCCGGAAUAAAAAGGCUGGAAAAGGGUUCUUCGAUGCCAUAACUUUUUUUGGUCCCUAAAGAACACUUAAAGAACAAUUUCUUCUGUUUUGGCCUUUUCCACAACAAAGCACAUUUUGGUGCAACGAAAAGGUUCUAUGAAGGUACAGUAUGUGUUUAUGGAACCAUACAGCUCCAAGAACCUUAUAGGAAAUAAUGAAUCUUAUUACAGCAUGUGCACUAGAAAAUGCGAACAGAUUACUGUAUUUAAGUUAUUUAAAACGUAUGGUCCGUAAAUAUGUGUUUCUUUUCAACAUUAUAAAAGAGCAACGUUUCAGCGGUCUACGGGUAGCUCUGGGUUGUUUGUGGAUUUAAGACAAUGGAUCAUUAACUUUAAUUUAAAAUAAA